AUGCCUACUUUAGGAGGUUUUUUGAAGAAACGGCGAACGAAAGAUUCGCAAACUCUUUCCAAGGAGCUCCAGGCUGGCUCGCCCUCCCCCACUGCUGGUCACACACCGACGUCACCAAUCGCCGCCGAAGAGAACCACCACCACCACCACCACCACCACCAUUCCCAACAGCCGGCCAGCACCCUUGCAACUUCUUCCACAGCUGCUACGCAGUCCCAGCAACCCGUCCACCGUACUUCCAAUCAGUCUUCCAGCUCCCAUAAACCGGCUGACGGCCAAAUCGCCUCCAUGCAGUCCCCCGCAUCGCAACCCACCUCGGCCACCUUCUCCAAUUCCGGCAGCCAGCCCCAGGCCAAUGUAGCCAGCAUACAAAAUAUCAUUCACUCCUCGCACCACAAUGAGGCCGCUCAUGGUGCGUCCCAUCAACAUACCGCUUCCCGCACGGAGCGGACCACCAAGGGCAAGUACUCGCUCGAUGAUUUCCUCGUCCAGCGUACCCUCGGCACAGGCAGCUUCGGACGAGUGCAUCUGGUGCAGUCCAAGCACAACCACCGGUUUUAUGCAAUCAAGGUGCUGAAGAAGGCCCAGGUGGUCAAGAUGAAACAGAUUGAGCACACCAAUGAUGAGCGACGGAUGCUGAAUCGCGUCAGACAUCCGUUUUUGAUCACUCUGUGGGGCACCUGGCAGGAUUCGCGAAACCUGUAUAUGGUUAUGGAUUUUGUGGAAGGAGGAGAGCUGUUCAGUUUACUUCGCAAGUCUCAGCGAUUUCCCAACCCCGUCGCCAAAUUCUACGCGGCCGAAGUGACUCUGGCGCUGGAGUAUCUGCACUCCCUGAAUAUUAUUUAUCGAGACUUGAAGCCCGAAAAUCUCUUGCUAGACCGCCACGGUCACCUCAAAAUCACCGAUUUCGGGUUUGCAAAGGAAGUACCGGAUAUCACAUGGACACUUUGCGGAACUCCUGAUUAUCUUGCUCCUGAGGUUGUGGCCUCCAAGGGGUAUAAUAAAUCAGUCGAUUGGUGGUCCCUUGGGAUCUUAAUUUUCGAAAUGCUAUGUGGCUUCACACCCUUUUGGGACCAGGGCUCUCCGGUGAAGAUUUAUCAGAAUAUUCUUCAGGGAAGGAUUAAAUUCCCGCCAUACCUCAAUCAUGACGCUGUUGAUCUGCUUUCGCGAUUGAUUACUUCAGACCUCACCAAGCGCCUGGGUAACCUUCACGGUGGCUCUGAGGACAUCAAGAACCAUCCGUGGUUUUCCGAGGUCACCUGGGACCGCCUAGCCAGGAAGGAGAUUGAUGCACCAUACGUUCCCCCAAUUCGAGGAGGGCAAGGAGAUGCCAGCCAGUACGAGAACUACCAAGAAGAGACAGAGCCAUACGGACACAAUGGCGAAGAUCCUCACGGCCAUUUGUUCCCAGACUUCUAG